UUCAAUUUUCAGACUCCGGGACCCCUUGAAGCAUCGGCCAUCAAUAGCGGUUUUAGCAAAAGUUAUGGUUCUUUAGUAUCCAAUGAGUCCGCUUCCGAAAAGCUUACAUAUUCCUGGUGCAAUCUAGAUGUUUUCGGGGAAGUUCAUCAACCGGGUUCGAAUUGGAAGCAGUUGGUAAAUCGUGUCAAAGGUGUAUUCUGCAAUGAAAGACAUAUACCCAAGCCUCGUAAACACUUGAUUAAGAAUGUCUGUGGCGUGGCCUAUCCCGGAGAAUUGUUGGCAGUAAUGGGUAGUUCUGGAGCUGGUAAAACAACUCUACUAAAUGCCUUAGCAUUUCGUUCAGCCCGAGGAGUACAAAUCUCUCCCUCCAGUGUACGCAUGCUCAAUGGUCAUCCCGUAGACGCCAAAGAAAUGCAAGCCCGAUGUGCCUAUGUCCAACAGGACGAUUUAUUUAUAGGCUCUCUUACAGCACGGGAACAUUUGAUCUUUCAAGCUACCGUUCGUAUGCCACGCACUAUGACCCAGAAGCAAAAACUACAAAGAGUCGAUCAAGUUAUACAGGAUCUGUCAUUGAUUAAAUGUCAAAAUACCAUAAUCGGUGUACCUGGACGUGUUAAAGGUUUAUCAGGGGGUGAACGUAAACGUUUGGCAUUCGCCUCGGAAGCACUAACCGAUCCCCCGCUCUUGAUUUGUGAUGAACCCACCUCGGGUUUGGAUUCGUUUAUGGCUGCGAGUGUGGUGCAGGUUUUGAAGAAACUAUCACAGCGUGGCAAAACUGUUAUAUUGACUAUACAUCAACCUUCUUCGGAAUUGUAUGAACUAUUCGAUAAGAUUUUAUUGAUGGCUGAAGGUAGAGUGGCUUUCUUAGGUACGCCUGUCGAGGCGGUAGACUUUUCUCAUUGUAACAUUGGCGCCCAGUGCCCUACCAAUUAUAAUCCAGCCGAUUUCUAUGUCCAAGUCUUGGCUGUUGUACCCGGACGAGAAAUGGAAUCUCGCGAUCGUAUCAAAAUUUGCGAUAAUUUUGCGGUGGGAAAAGUUUCUCGGGAAAUGGAACAGAAUUUCCAAAAGAUUGCUGCCAAGACUGAUGGUUUGCAGAAAGAUGAUGAAACUACCAUACUUUACAAGGCCUCUUGGUUUACCCAGUUUCGAGCGAUUAUGUGGCGUUCUUGGAUAUCAACAUUAAAGGAACCGUUGCUGGUCAAAGUGCGCUUGAUACAAACUACGAUGGUUGCAGUUUUAAUUGGUUUAAUAUUCUUAAAUCAGCCUAUGACCCAAGUGGGAGUGAUGAACAUCAAUGGCGCCAUUUUCCUCUUUCUCACCAAUAUGACUUUUCAAAAUGUUUUUGCUGUAAUCAAUGUUUUCACCUCUGAACUACCGGUCUUUAUGCGAGAAACACGAAGUCGCCUCUAUCGUUGUGAUACUUAUUUUCUGGGUAAAACUUUAGCCGAAUUGCCGUUAUUCUUAGUGGUACCAUUUCUUUUUAUCGCCAUUGCCUAUCCCAUGAUUGGUUUACGUCCUGGCAUUACCCAUUUCCUUAGCGCCUUAGCAUUGGUUACUCUGGUGGCUAAUGUUUCCACUUCCUUUGGUUAUUUGAUUUCUUGUGCCAGUACCUCCACUUCCAUGGCUUUAUCGGUGGGUCCUCCUGUUACCAUACCUUUCCUGCUAUUCGGUGGUUUCUUCUUGAAUUCCGGUUCUGUGCCUGUGUACUUUAAAUGGUUAUCCUACUUCUCAUGGUUCCGCUAUGCCAACGAGGGUCUUUUAAUCAAUCAAUGGGCUGAUGUACAACCGGGUGAAAUUACCUGCACCUCUACCAAUACCACCUGUCCCAGUUCGGGUAAAGUUAUUUUGGAGACUCUAAACUUUUCGGAGACAAAUUUACCUUUCGAUUAUAUGGGUUUGAUUUUGUUAAUUUUGAUCUUUCGUAUUGCUGCUUAUGUGGCUUUGAAAAUGCGCACCAAACGUAAGGAAUAAAGAGAGUGGAGCGGAAAGUUGGUUACCAUUACAUAUAUAUUUAGAUUUAAAGAUUUUAAACACAGGGUUACUGUAAAUAAAGAUUUAUACAA